AUGAGACACGUGGGCUCAUCCCCGGGGACCAUCCUGAUGGAGGUCUGUCCCAGCACCAGCUCUACCAGGGUGGGUUUGCUGUCCCUCAUCCUGGUGGCCACGCUGAGCAGCCCCUCGCUGCAGAAGUCCCUGCCCGUGGGGUACAGAGACCAUGAGGGUCCCCAGGAGGGCACAGGCCUGAUCCAGUGCGGCGAGUACAGCAACCAGGUCCUGCCCAAUGGCCGCUGUAAGAUCGUGGCCACGUUGCCCCAGGGGGACGAGCAGCGAUGCCCAGACAUGUUUCGUUGCACUGAUGAGGUGUCCUACUGGCUCCAUGAGAAUGAAGAGCGCAAGCAGCAAGUUAUGGAGCUGCGGGAACUGAUUUCAGAGCUACAGGAGGAGCUGAGGAACCACCGGCACCGCAUCAAAGUCCUCGAGCUCCAGCACGAGGAGGCGAUCGGCCGGAACCGCAGCCUGGCUCAGCGGGUGGAAGACCUGGAGCACCGGUACAGCGAGGCCAGCACCCUGCAGCACAUCCAGGCCACGCUGCUCUACGACAUGCAGGCACAGAUAAACAACAUUUCCGUCCUGACCGACUGGGCCUGGCGCAACCCCACCUGCCUCAGCCCCGCUGAGAUGAGGCUGCAGGAGGAGAUGCACCAUCCAGAGGUGAAGCACGUCAGGAACUGCCCCAUCGACUGUGCUUCUGUUUACUACAAUGGGCUCCGGCGCUCUGGGGUCUACAGCAUCAUGCCCUUGGUUGGAGGGAUGCCCAUUGAAGUGCUGUGUGAGAUGGACACCGAAGGUGGCGGCUGGACAGUCAUCCAGAGGCGUCAGGAUGGCUCAGUUGACUUCAACCGGACCUGGAACGAGUACAAGGAGGGCUUUGGGGACCUCCACGGUGAGUUCUGGCUGGGCAACGAGAACAUCCACAAGAUGACAAACCAAGGGGACUACUCUCUGCGCAUCGACCUGGAGGACUGGAACAACAAGCACAAGCACGCCUUCUACCAGGUCUUCAGCAUUGAGGACGAGGCAAACUACUACCGCCUGCAUGUGGAUGGGUUCAGCGGGACGGUGGAAGAUUCCUUUGCCUGGUAUCACAACAAGAGGAGCUUCAGCACACCCGACUCGGGGAACAUCUGUGCCGAGAUUUCCCACGGAGGCUGGUGGUACCACCAGUGUUUUUUCUCCAACCUAAACGGCGUGUACUACAAGGGUGGCCGAUACUCCAUUAAAAACCGCAAGAUCCUGGGGCCAGAUGGUAUCGUGUGGUACUCGUGGAAGGACACAGACUACUACUCCCUGAGGAAGGUGGUCAUGAUGAUUCGGCCACGCACUUUCCGGCCCCACCUCUCCCCAUGAAGGAGCCUGGGACAUUCUUCAUUUCACUAGGGAGAGAGGGCUGGAAAAAGUUUGCUGUGAGCAAAAACUGAUGCUGGACAUCCCCGAGGGACCAAGCCACCAUGCUUGUUGCUGCCUGUUUGCUUUGGAGAGAAUGGAACCAACAUCAGAGAUGUCAAGACCUUCAACCAGUCUUUGGGUGGUGAAAGCUCUCCUGAAAAUGUGGAGGUGAUUGCCGAGAAGUGCUUUGCAAAGACAAACAUGGGGCUCACCGUUUCACUGGGUAGCAGCAGCCUUGGGCAUCUCCAAGGCUUGAGACUAAAUCCAGUUGGUGAUGGGCGUCAGCCACACACUGAGAUUGGACCUGAUGUUGAGCGGAGAUGUUGAGGUCUCUGGCUACCAACCCAAUGGUAUUUUAGAAGGAAGAGAAGAACUAGCAAUCCUAUAUGAGUUUUCCACCUGGGACGUGACAGACCAAUUCUUCUUCUGUAAGAUGAGCACCUCUCUGAUCUUGGCAAAGUUCACAUCACCACGUAUGUAUUUGGUACUGAAGGUCCCACCACCCCAGGGGUGUGCUCGGGUGGCUCCAACGGGCUGAGAUGGCCCUGAGGAGAAGGCCAGGAGGUGCUGAGAUGGCCAGAAGAUUCUGAGAUGGCCAGGAGACCCAACAUACAAAGCCUAUGGGCAAACGAGGAAGGUCUGCAGCGGCCCUCGCCUUCCCUGGCAGGGGUUGUGUCACACAUGUGGACAUUAGCUGGCUGUGAUAAUAAUACUCCAAAUGAUAAGAUUUAAACAUUUAAAAAGCUGAAUGUUUUCAACUUUUCCAUUCCAUUUUAACUUUUCUGUCAUUUGUCUGGCAAAGAACUCCUGAUGAGUUUCUUGUCCACCCUAAUAGUGGUCUGUAGGAAUGAUCAGACAUGAUUUUAAGACUUUUUCUUACUGCCUUACUCUGGAUUCAUCAUUGCCGUCUUUUCAUUUUCCGUUCAUAGCUGAUGCAAGUGAUCCUCCUUUUUUCCUGACUUUGCUUCCUCGCAGGAUCAAGAGAUGGAGGCCGGGACUUGGUCUCAGCCCUGAUUGUGUUUGGUGACGAAUAUUUAAUGAAAUUACCUUUUUCCUGUUUCAUGUGCGCAGAUGAGUUCAAAGAGGGUUCAGCGAAUGGGAGAGACAGAUGUAUCACAGACAAAGCACCGUCCCUCCCAACUGCUUGUCUCCCACUUGAUGUUCUUCUGGCUCCCUGAUGGCUUCUGUAGCUUUUACACUCUUCUGGACAAUAUUUUGCCUGGAACCUCAUUUUCUCAUGGGCAAAUCAAGCAAAAAUAAAAUUAUCUUCCAAGCAUUCUACAAACUAAUAUCCCCCAGAUAAUAAAAGAACAUUAUUUGUCUUUCCCUC